CCUUACUUAGCUAUAUAAGCAUGCGACAGCCAUUGCUCUUUCCAUCGAGACAUUCACAACUUUUAUAUACAACAAGCUUUGAUUCUCAUAAACAUCAGUGAGAGAUGGCAAGGAUGUUGCUGAAGGUUCCAUCCCUUAAGAGAAUGAUCUCUUCACCAAGAGCUGAUAAAUCCUCUGAUUUCAAUGUAUGCAGUACAUCAUGUGUUGCAGACAAGGGUCAUUUCUUUGUUUACACAUCAGAGGGGAAGCGAUUCAUGGUUCCCUUGGCAUAUCUCGAAAAUAAUAUCUUCAAGGAGCUCUUGAAGAUAUCAGAAGAAGAAUUUGGGUUGCCGAGCAAUGGCCCCAUCACAUUGCCUUGCGAUGAAGCAUCUAUGGAGUAUGUGCUCUCAAUGCUAAGAAGAGGAGUAUCUGAAGAAGUAGAGAAGGCAUUGCUUAGCUCCAUUUUCAUCUCUUGCCAAUCCACAUGCUCUGCUUUUGCUGUAGAAAAUACUCGACAAUUGGCAGUUUGUAGCUGCUGAUUAAUUAAUUUUUCACAUUCUUGAUGUAAUCUCACAAAUCCUCACUUGUAUAUCCUAUACAAUUUUUUGAUGCCUCAAAUUUA